ACACUUCUCCGCCCCUGCAUCACCGCGCUCUUCGCAAUCCUAUAUCUUCCUAGUGCUUGCCAUCAUCCGCAUAACCUUGCUCCUUCCGUCCCUUUGCUGACUGUUUCUACUCACCGUGUGUUCUUCCAAUUCCGGCGUCGACCAUUCUCUGUAUUAUUCCCGCCACCCGGCCAACUCCCCCUCUCCAUCCUGAACCCAACAAUAGGUGCUUACUCCCCAUACCAAGCCCCACUUCCUCACUCAGCCAACUGCCCCGCCAUUACUCGGAAAUUCUACUCUUGAAAAUACAAAACUAUCCUCUCUGGUAUUCCACUCUUGAAAAUACAAAACUAUCCUCUCUGGUAUUCCAUUUCUUUCUUGGUUCUCGUGUACUAGCUUGUGUCUAGAUCUUUGAAAUAGAUACCCGGUCCGCUUCAAGCUAUAUAAACACCACCAGAGUUCUUGUCCUAAUUUCCUACAUUUCACCCCCAGAAGCAGUAAUAGCAUACCCAAACCUGCCCAUUCCAUAAAGUACCAAACCAUUAAUCAGCAAAUAUGUUGACAUUCAUCGCUGUCCGUUGCCUGAACUGCAAUAACGUGGACCAAUUUCCUCGCAUGGACUAUGACGAAAUCCCUUACUGUUCCCAGGUAACCCCUCCUCCUAGCCCUGAGUGUUUGAUUCCUGGAGGCUCUUUUGCUGACACAUCUUAAUCGCAGUGCGCCGCGACUUCGAAUCUAGUUCCCGCGACUCCCCCUUCAAAACCAGACCAAACAUGGACGGCCGGGGAUGAGCUCGCCAACCUGUUCUCCCGCAACCUUUCUCUUCUGGACAAUGCCCCAACCACGCUCCCUCCCACUCCCCCCGGGGCGUCACCAACCGGUAUUAAUUUCUCCGUCUCCCAGCACUACAUCCAACCAACCGCUUUUAGAGAGCCCGCUGUGGAGGAUCCCCGGGAGUCGGCAGCACGGAGCUCAGCCACCGCGGACCGGGAACGGUCUUACAUUCAGUACCUUUUGAGCUCAAACCUGGGCUCAGAGACCUCUACAAACGAUCUAGAAAUAGCUCGUGCGCAUGGAAUUAUCGAUAGUAACAUGUACAACCAGGCGCUGGAGACCCACAACCAGCUUCUCCGCCAGCGCGAGCAGCAGGAGGCAGAAGCUCGCAUGAUUCAGGCCCAGAUUAUGGACGAAAUGCAGCAAGAGCAGUCGCGGCAGGCCACUGUGGCUUUGGCAGAGGAUUGCUCGGCGCACUCCUUGCUCUCUGCGGCUGGCGGACAAAAGACGCAGGACCCUGUGUUUAGAACGUCGGACUUUUUCAAUGACUAUUAUGGUGGCGUGGAUUCGAGUUUUCUCGAUGAUGACGAAUACGCGCCUUGCUCGGUAUACGGUGGACAGGGAAGCUGUCAUUUGAGGCCUUUUGAUCUGUAAGCGGGGGAGAACCUUUGCUUUUUCUUCUUUUUCUCCUUUCUUUAUUUUCUUUUUCCACUUUCUGCUCUUUCCCUCCCUUGUUCGUUGUGGGGUGUGAGGUUUAUUCGGUAGGACGGGUGGGUGGUCUAGGGAAACGAAGACGAGGGGGAGAGGUUAGUAGGGGUUGUGAAAACUCGUGGGGAAAUGGAGCUCUUGAGCUUUUUUUUUUUCAUUCGCACUCGUGUUUUGUGGGGAAUUGGGCGGUUGUAUUUGAUAUUCUAGCUGUUCCUACUCCUCCUUUUCUCUGCGAGGCGCAUUUGCAUUACAUGAUUUCAAGGUUUACAUUGGUGGUAUAGGCCUGGGUAGAUGUAAUUGAAAUAAGAGGAAAAAUGGGGGGGACAUUCUAGUGGUAGUUAGUGCACUUAGUUGGUUGGGGGUAUCCAUGAGGGUUUUUGCCGCAGAAACCUCUAGCUUUGAGGAAUUUAGGGGGUUUAUAG